ACUCAAAUACCAAUUUAUUCCCAAAGCAUAUAAACAGAUUUACUCAUGAAAAAUACCCACUAACAGACAAUGUAUAAUGUCAAUGUUUCAGACUAAUCCUCAGCCCGCCUCCCUCUUGAUAAUCUGAUUAGCAGUAGCAUUGGACUGUCUGUCUCUGUGUAGCCAUUACAAUCUCUACUGUGCAUUUAUAGUAUUGAGGACAACAGGAAUUAGCUGCAGACCCAGACACAGACGCCACAAUUAGAGUGUUUGGAUUAUUAGUUCUGCCAUGACCAAAGGUUUGAGCCACCAUGCCUGUGUUUUACUCGCCUGUACCGGAGAACCUGCAGAUGGGCCUUGCCUACAUGGGAGGCUCCGUGUUCACAAACAACAGGACAGCGGACAGUGACUUCAGCAGGGAGCAGGAGGAUGCAUGUGUGGUCAACGAGUUGGUUUCUCACCUUCCCCUUCAAAUGCUUUUGUACUUCAACUUGUUUUACUUUCCUUGUUGGUGGUUUUCUGCUGUGUUCAUGUUGGAAGUGAAAUAUUACUAUCUUCCUGGAUACUACCAGGCUCUGCUCAUAACUGGGUUGGUCCUUGUCACAGUGAUUGAAGUGAUCCGACUCUACCUGGGCUACAUUGGCAACCUUAAAGAAAAGGUGCCAGCCCUGGCAGCCUUCUGGCUCCUGUCUUUCACGUUCCAGCUGCCCGUGCUGCUGUUCUUCAUCACAGAUGAAGGCGUUAUCAUUCUGCCUCUGGAGAGAGCCGUCCACUUCAUCUAUCUUAUUUUCCUGCUCGCCCAAAUCCUGGCUUCCUUCUUGGCGCUGAGGACAAUGACCCGAAAGCUCACCCUUCUCUUCCACCUGCGGCAAUUUGGCAAGGUGGAGAGCUUGCGGCAUGCAGAGAUGAGUCCCAUCUACGGGCUUCCCUAUAACCGCAGCGUGCUUCCAGUUUCACCCACUCAUUAAAGACAGACAACAGUCUUUCUUACAUGACUGUGGGUUUAGUAAAACAUCCACUGGGUUUGUUUUUUUUAUUACAAUGGUAGCGUACUUGCCCACAAACUUAGUUUGACAACUAAUGACAAUUUCAGAGUUAGUAGUAUGUAUGUAGUUAAAACAAUAAAAAUAGGCUUAGAUGCUAUUUGUAAAUGCUUUGCUCUUAAGUUUUGUAUGUAAUGCAAUCAUUCAACUUAGAAAUUGAAUGAUUGACUUGUUUUUAUUGUAUCCCACAGAUUGUUAGGAUUAUUAUGAAUGGAUUGUUCUGCAGUAUCUUAAGCCACUGUAAUAUACAAUAUGAUCCAUAAGAUGUAAAAUAACAGGUGUGCUUAAAUAGAUGGAAAACAUAGAUUCAGCACCAGUGAAAAUGACAAAGCCUGAUACAAUGUCAAACUGUCAAAACCUGACUUGACUUUUAAGGUGAAAUGGAAAACAUGAUCUAACAACAAGGUUUUCAUCAGACAAAGGUUAUUUUCUUUAAUCUUGAUGAAUGACACAGGAUGAAAAUUUGCCAGAGACUGAUCUUUUUGCCAUGGCAGAUCUAAUUUUUGUCUUGCUCCUUAGACAAGAGUUCAAAGCAACCUGCCCUGGCUUUUCUAAACAAAAGUGCUUUCUUUACAGUUGUGCCAUAUUUAUUGGCAGAUCUUUCAUUUGAGUAACAGGAGCAUUUUUUAAUUUUAUACUUUAACUUUUGAAGUUUGAACUGAAGUUGAUCAAAGCAUCUUGAAAAUUGUAUUCAUUAAUUGAGGACAUUCUGUUUCCCCCUGAGUUCUUGUGAUUUUUUUCUAAUUUGAAAUCCACUGAAAUUAAAGGCAAAUUUUUCAAAACAUGACAAAUUAACCUAACCUUGUUUUGUAACUCAAUAAAUGUAGUCCAGUUCAAACUUAAUAAUUAAAACAUUUUUUCUUCUUUUUCUAAAUUAAAACAUUUUGACACUUUUCACACAUAUUCAGCAGGAGUGCAAUAAAUGUGACCUUAACUGUUUUAGAAAUUAAUUUUUUGUCCUACAGUGGGGACAUUUCUGUUACACCUACAUCUUAACCUUAAAUUUUGAUACACGAGAUGCAGGCAUCAAAUUUAUUGUAGCUAGUGUGGGGAACGACGGAAGCGGUGUUAAAUAUUUACGACCACAGAGUGGCAGUCAGAGAUCAAAAGAGGUGACGUCUCUGACAGUGCUGCAAAGUCCAGUGAGGACAGAUUAUCAUGCAGCACAUGUUCGGAUCAGGAAAGCCUCUGGCAGAGCAAGAAAGGUUAGCCCUGUCUACAGCUGAACAUAAUGUAUUAUUAGAUGAUUAAUAACUCCAGGUUGAGCAUACACGGAAAUCAAUUGAAUAUCUUGUCAUCAUGGCCAAUUUUAUCCUCUCAUUUGAAGACAGAAGGUUGUAUGUUUCACUGGUUGCUGACCAGCAGCAACUGGUGCCUCAGUAUUUUAAUUCAGGGCAGAAAUAAAGUAGAGAGUGGUGCACUAAUAUUCAACAUGUCGGUUAUUUGAGAUGCAGAGUUUUUGUGAAAACACAUGCUUUUUUCUGUGCUACUUCACAUUCAGGGAACAACAAGCUGCAGUGGUUGUUGGACCGUUCACAGGUUGAAAUUGAGAGGAAAAACGGUGAACACAAAGCUGAAACCGAAUACUUUAUUCAUAAGUGCUUUACUCAAAAGGUUUAAUCACAUAAAGAAGUGAGCUGGAAAAUCUUGCUUUCUUUAUGUUCCAAUUUCAUAAGCCGUGGAAUCUGAAAAGGUUCAAACGUGUUUAUUUCCCGUUUAACAAGAAACCAAUUCAAAUACCCAAAAACUAUAUCCUGAUGUCAGUAUCUAAUCUGAAUUUCAUUUGUGUGACCUUUACAAAGUAAGAAACCAAUUCUGGUAAUGGACCAUCUAGCUGUAUUUUGUGCAGGGAGAUAGAGAAACCAAGCAACUAUGUGAAUAAUGGAAACAUAAUAUAACUGAUUGUUUCUUUUUGUGGUUGUUGAUUUUGUAAUGCACAUGUUAAUUUUGUGCUUGAGGACAAUACAGUGAUGGCAAUUCUGGUUACUUGCAAAAAUACAGAAAUAUUUUAUGUUGGUAUUAACUUCUGUAGAUUCAUAGACUUGUAAAUGUUAGUUUAAAAUGUUCAUAAAUGUUGUUCAAAUAGGGAAGUUUUAAAACAUUUUUAGGAACAACAGAUCUCCAAGAAAGAUCUUAGAAUAGAAUAGAAUAGAAUAUACUUUAUUGAUCCCCAAGGUGAAAUUGCUUAUUUUGUUCUCAUUUUCAUUUUCAUUCUU